AUGCCACAACCUCUCGAAGAUGAUGUCUCGCCGACGGAACCACUCCAGGCUUUGCCGGUGGCAGCAUCGGCCAUGAAAUUUCCCAAAGCGCGACAUUCUACCCCUAUCCUCGAGUCGCUGCCGUUGUCGCAAUCCGAGACCAACCUGGCCUUUCGACGAUCCAACCCCUCUGCCGCCUCACUCUACGCUUCUACGCUAUCACCGCCGGGGUCAAGAUCCAUAUCGCCAGCUGGCCGAGGUUCUCCAUCUCGAGUCCUCUCGCACACCGUUUUCGACUCCCGGUCCAACCGAAUACUCGCCGAGAAUGCGGGAGACAGUCCGGCUGAGCCACUAAGUCUGGUUUUGCGGGCAUUCGUUCCCCAUGUCUCCAUUUACACUUCAGAGGAUACGGAGGCUUUGAUGACGGAGAAAGGGUUCCGUCAUGGCCUCUGGGAACUUCUGCGACCGUUUGGCGAGGACGUCCAAGGCAAGAUCACGAUUAGGGAUAGUAAUGGGAUGAGCCGAGGGGUCGAGGGCUUUUCGAUCCGAUUUACAAGAUUCGGCGACAAUGUUGAGCAUCCAGACCCCACGGUGUCUGGCCUCAAGAACCCGGCGCCGUCGCAAGGGCAAAAUGGUAGCCAGGCGAGCACGUCGCGAGACAAGCAACUUCUGGCAGAUGUGGAAGCUGUCGUGGAGAGGCACUUGUCCUAUGCGGAAGAAUCCUUUGCGGCACCACCACAGCACGGCGUGUUUGCAAACCAAGACAUGUCAGAAGAGACAUCACCAUACUAUGCCCUAUACCUGCGACGGCUGCUGUCUGGCCUCCCCAUAUCACCCCAUGAGACUUUCUCACAUCCAGUAGCGUGUGUUAUCGCAAUUAGCUCGCGGAAUCCUAACCCGAUUGAAGAGCUGAGGCGGCUAUAUACGGAGACAAACCAGGGUAGCCAAAGGCUGCCAUUGUGGGUGGACAGUGACUAUCUACGAUAUUACGUUCUGGUGCACGACGAGGAGAAGGAUGACAUCACAAGGUCUAUGGGACUUUUUGAGCAGAUGAAGCGUCAUCUAGGCAUACACUGCCAUCUCCUACGUCUGCGAAGCAGCCAGAGCGCCGAAACAGACGAUGACAGCAUCCCGCUUCCUCGCAGCGACUGGAUGUCUGCUCGCGAGGAACUUGAGGACAUUCGGCGAAGUGAAGAUGAUGAGGACUUUGAAGAUCCCACGCGAUACAUAUUCGAGUCGGACGCCACCGCUAUUCGCACUUUUGUGCGGGAGAUGGUGGCACAGUCUAUCGUACCUACAAUGGAGCGACAUGUUUCCAUCUGGAAUGAUCAGGUUGCCUCACGGCGGAGAGGCAUCACAGGACGUUUCAUGAAUUUGUCAAGGAAAUGGGCGUUUGGUGGCAGCUCAAGGUCCUCAUCGAGCACCAGUAGCUCAAGGGAUAAUUAUAACAUGGCUGGGUUCUACUCAGCAGAAGCACCCGAAGCCAUCAUGCGAAAACUGGCCGAUUAUGCUUUCAUGUUGCGAGACUGGAAGUUGGCGCAGUCGACAUAUGAUCUUUUGCGAUCCGACUUUAGCGAUUCCAAGGCCUGGAAACAUCAUGCUGCAGCCAACGAAAUGGCUGCACUGAGUCUCCUCAUCAUGCCAGUGCAGAUGUCAUCGAAAAACAGGGCUGAGACGAUUGAUCAGAUGCUCGAGGCUGCCUUUUACUCUUACAACACCCGGUGCAGCUCUCCAUAUGGAGCCUUGCGCAGUCUAACACUCGGUCUCGAGCUGCUUCGCCUUCGAGGCGGGACAAAUAUUGAUGAUGCGGGUCGAUGGGGAGUCCGACUCCUCGAAUCCAAGAUCCUUGGUAGUGUUGGAGAUGCUCUCAUGAAGGAACGCCUCGCUAUCUGCUACGGGUCUAAAGAAGGCGUGGGGAGUUGGCACUGGGGAUCACGCCGUCGCAAAUCCGCGACAUGGAGUGUGCUCAGCGCAGAUGCUUGGCUUCAACAGUCAAAGCACAUUCAGGCGCGGCGAUGUCUGGACGAGGCACACAGGAUGUACUCGACAUUACCGCACAAGUCGGGUAUCACCAAGUUUGGGGCGGCGGGCGACUUCAUGGCGUCGCUGCAGCACAGUCUUGCCGAGUCUCCUGAUGCGUCAGAUAAUGAGAAUGAGGAGGGAGACGACGAUGAUAUUGAUGAGGAGAGCGAGGCGCUGAAUGACAUGCGUUCGAGGAGGCCGAGUGCUGUAUCGGGGGAUAUGUUUAGAGAUACGACGGCUAAGGAAGGGAUGGAUGACGGCACAUAG